AUGGAUAUAGUCUCUCUACAAGUGGUGGCAGCUGUCACAUUCUUCAGCUCCGCCCGGAAGUAUCCCAGACUUGUCAGCGUAUUUGACAAUCUGGAACGAGUCUACAAAGAACUCCAACAUAAGACAUCAGAAGUCAAGCGAACAGUUAAACUUUUGGGAAUCUACGCUGUUGCACUAAUGUUAGUUACUAUUUUUUACAGAAUGGUUCUUAUGAACCACAGUGGCCAAGCAUUUUCAUUAGCAGUAUCCUUCGUCACCAUGGUACUGCUGUUCUGCCCUCAAGCUGCUCUGCUCGUCCACUUCACACAUGUGGCUCAAAGUAUCGCAAAGUCCUUUGAAAUGGUCAACGCCAAGAUCGAGAUGGAAGUCACAACCCCCGCCAGUGUUGACGGCACCCACACAAGAUGUAAUAUGCUUUCUAAAAUCAAGAAACUAAAAACUCUGAUGAACACUUACUGGAUGCUGUGUGACGCCGUACACCAGGCUAAUGGCUUCUACUGUGAUCAGCUAAUGGCCGUUACCUUCUCCUCAUUUCUCCACAUCACUGUCACAUCUUACUACUUUUUCCUGCUCCUCAAAAUUGGUACAUUGUUCUUCACGACUACUGAAGUAGCUUGGAUCUUGCUUAACAUCUGCUACGUUGUUCUGUUACUAACCUCAAGCACAGAUGUCACCAACAAGGCUGAUGAGACAGGACAGACGAUCUGCAAGUUCAUCAACAAGAACAUGGACCCGGAAUUGCGAAAUCAGCUUGAAGGGUUUCUCCUGCAAUUGCCUCACCACAACGCAAGAUUCUCUGCCCGUGGAUAUUUUCCUCUCAACAACGAGACACUCACAGCGAUGGCUGGAGCGGUGACAACUUACCUGGUGAUACUGAUCCAGUUCCAGACUGCACCAUCAUCCACCUUGAAUAAAGAAGCUUAG